AUGCAGAAUUCUCCUUUUAUCUUCCAUCGCAGGGGUUUUAAUCUCGAAGCCUUCUGCAAAUACCACUCCAGUGCUUCUAAUCUUGUUUUAUCUCCAUCUGGUUCGAUGGGGAUGGGGAUGGGGUGGUACUUUCAAUGCAACUGGACUUGGUUUCAAUCAAGUAAAACUAGCAUAAUGUGGACUUUCUUCAUGCGCUUGAUGCACCCUGAUGGGUUUCCAGAUGGUGUUACUAGUGAUUACUUGGAGUUUUCUCUCUGGAGAGGCGUUCAUGGCAUCACAUAUCAACUUAGUGGUGUUCUUUUCACACAAUCUUUGUUAUAUGUUGGUGGAUUGGGGAAACGGGCGAUUCCAACUGCUGCAGCUAUGAAUUGGGUCCUCAAAGAUGGAAUUAGGUCUCAGACUACUAAAGGUAUUUGGAUAAUAAGAUGUCCUACUAUUAACCUUGCACCAUUGUAA